AUGUCAGCGCUACAUAAGGACCGACUAGACACAGCCAAGAUCAAGUUGUUGUACUUCCCAUGUCUGCGAGCACGCUUCAGUUAUCACUUUUGGAAGCCGACAGGAGUGUCGUGCAAAAUACCCAACUACAAUGUCUUACGUACUUUUGGACCUGCUGCUUUUGGUGGCAUUUGCAGACGCUGUGCCUGCGGAGCUUGUGUUUCGCUGCCCAAGCUGCAGUGCCGAGCGCCAGGCGGAGUGUCCCGCUCUCACUGCCGAGAGCUGCGUCGAGAUCGUGCGCGAACCGGGCUGUGGCUGCUGCCCGGUGUGUGCUCUCCGGGCCGGAGAACCGUGUGGUGUGUACACGCCGCGCUGCGCCAGCGGCUUUCGCUGUUACCCCGAGCCAGACUCGGAGCUGCCACUCGAGCAGUUAGUGCGCGGCCUGGGUCGCUGCGCACUGAAAGCGGACGGGGAACCAACCACGGGGAGCGCUGAUCUGAGCGGUGAAAUGUUGGUGGGUUCACUAGUAGAACAAACUGAAGUCCCUGCAAUUAGAAGGCCUACAAAAGACAACCAGUGGAUUGGACCUAAAGAGAGUGCUGUCAUCCAUCACCGUCAACAGAUGAAGACUAAGAUGAAGUAUAAAGCAGAGGAGCCCAAGGCGUCAUGCACCAAGCUGAGCAAUUGUCAGCAGGAGAUGGAUCAAGUACUUGAGAGGAUCUCUAAAAUGUUGUUCCAAGAUAAUCGUGGACCUCUGGAGGACCUCUAUUCUGUUCACAUACCCAACUGUGACAAGAGGGGCCAGUACAACUUAAAACAGUGUAAGAUGUCAGUGAAUGGACAACGGGGUGAGUGCUGGUGUGUGAACCCCCACACAGGCAGGCACAUCCAGACCUCCCCAGUGGUGAGAGGUGACCCCAACUGCAGUCAGUACAUCAGUGUUUUGGAGAUGGAGCAACCUUCAGCACCGCAAAAGUAAAAGCAUCAAAGAGGACUGGUGCCUAUAGAAUUCUUUAGGUGAUUUGGCAGCAAAAAGAUGGAGAUGGAGACGUGUUGACAAGAAGGAGACUCUUUAUUUGUUGUUACUGUUGUUCUCCAGGUCUUUGCACUGGAUGUUGCCUCCACUGUAGUCAGUUCCUGGUAUUGUGGC